GCGUGCUGGAAAUGCCACAAUCAGCAAAGAGCAAAGCAAAGGCACGCGGUCUCGAGUGUAACUCAGCAUAGACGGAGACUGAACACACCGUUCCUCCGGCCUCAGAGAAAACAAUAACCCUGCACGCUCCUCCAGCUGCUAACGAAGCGCGAAGAAAGAGACCAUGUGAAGGCGUCUUGCAGAACAUCUUCGUGCGGGAACGAGUGAAAGUUUAGGCUCUGACCAAGGAAUGUCUACGGAGGAGAAGCCUGAAGCUCCCAUGUAUGUCUAUGAGUCAACAGUGCAUUGUGCCAAUAUCCUCCUGUGCCUGAAUGAACAGCGGAAGCAGGACGUCCUGUGUGAUGUGACAGUGCUGGUGGAGGGGAGGGAGAUCCGUGCCCACAGGGCAGUGCUGGCAGCUUGUAGCCAGUAUUUCUCCCUGCUGCUCAGGGGCCAGACGGAACUUGAACCGGUCAUCAACCUGCCACAGAAGAUCACGGAGAAAGGCUUUACCCCACUGUUGCAGUUUGCUUACACAGCCAAGCUGCUGCUCAACAGGGACAACAUCCAGGAUGUCAUGUGUUGUGCCGAAUUCUUGGGAAUGCACAACCUCGAAGACUCCUGCUUCCGCUUCCUGCAGGCCCAGAUGAAAAGUGAGGCUGAUGGCAUCCAGACCAGCCAGAAUCCACCAUCACCUCAGACUCUGGUUCAGAACCAUCAUGAUAAUGGAUUAGAGGAUGCAAAUGUGCAGCCAAAUGACUCCAAACCACCACUGUCCGGAUCAAGGCUGCACCCUGAAACUGAGCAAUUAAAAGUCACCAACAACCUGCAUCAAUCAGACCAACCUCCAACUUUCGACCUCCCUCGUUAUCCCAAAUAUAGAAAGUACCAUCAGGUUCUUGCUAAGCACAACGCAACCACCUCCUCUCACAGCAGUACCUCAAGCUUACACGGCUCCCUGCAGGAUACCGUCACCAGCAGCGAAGCCCAGGGCCUUGAUCUUUCCCAGGUUAAAGCAGAACCAGCAAGUGGGAACUUGUCCGAGUUGGAGCAGGACGGUCUGUUCGGGGGUAAAGGGAGUGAGAUGGAGAUGGAAAUGGAGUUUGAUGGAAGACAACUUAGUUCAACGCCCAUCGAAUUGCCUGUGAGCAAGCAUUCACCAGUGUGCCUGCGCUCCCUUGUUAAAAAGGAAAUCACGUCUUCGGAUCAUUGUCUUACCGCUGAUCUGCAACUCACCAGCAGAACCUCUCCCCUUCGAGAACCACAAGUUGCUCCAAAUGACUUCCAAAAAGACUAUCAGACCUUCGUUGGGGGACUUGGAGUGAUAUCCUCAAAGAAUGCUGAGAAAUUAACUGAUGGCAUGUCACUCAAGUCACUUUCCUUUGAGAGGAUCUGUUCCCAAGAAUCUGAACGGGAGAGUGACCGAAGAAGUGUCAUCUUCUCCUCUCGAGCCCCUUACCAUCUGGCGGCACCCGCACACUCUUAUCCGGGUGAGAGCUGUUUGGGCCAGGAGACCCCGGAUGACUUAUGGGCAGGUUCCAGCCAGUCGUUCCCCUGCUCCCAAGCACUGUCCCCAACUUCUGUCUCUCAAGAGCCCGCAUUGCCCUAUCGCCGCCGGCCAAAGAGCAGCUGUCCGGUGAAACUGCCUUUCUCAAUAGACCAGAUCACAGAGCUUCCACGCAAUGACUUUCAGCUGAUGAUAAAGAUGCAUACGCUGACCUCAGAUCAGCUAGACUUCAUUCACAACAUGAGACGCCGCAGUAAAAACCGCGUCGCAGCUCAGCGCUGCAGGAAAAGAAAGCUGGACUGCAUCCAGAACCUGGAGCGUGAGAUUCACAAACUGGUCUGUGAGAGACAGAAGCUCCUAACCGAACGCAGCCAGCUGAAGAUCUGCAUGGGGGAGCUGUGGGAAAACUUCUCCUUUUUGUCUCAGGAGGUCUGUAGGGAAGAACAGCGGAGUCCAGGACAGUCUCAAUCUCUGUAUAAUCUACACCCAGACCCAGUUUCAUCCGGUCCAGACCUGAGAAUCUCUCCCAAUCCCACCAGUGUAGACGUCACUCUCACCUCACACAACAGCGUGGUGUUGUCCCCAGGCUUAAAUGACUGCCAGGCCAUAGUCAAACCACCACACUCACACCUUAGAGUGGACAGAGAGGCUGUGCCACCCCAAUACACUGUCACCUCUGAGAGGUCAGAACCUUCCCAAAUGGGCAGCUCAAGUGUGACGACUGAUUUCUGCCAGGAAAUGACCGAGAAGUGUACGACAGAAGAGCUGCCUGAGAGAAACUGAGUCCGGUAAACUGCAGUCUUAUCUUUUAUCAUGACAGUUGGUUCUGUGUGUGCAAAUGUUACUUUUUUUGCCAGUGUUAAGUUUUGUUUGUCACUACUUUAGUGGGCUGUUCUGUUGUUACGCUCAUGGUGCAUCACCUGAUGUGUUUCUGUUUGUGUGUGCAUAUGGAUUUGUUCUCAUAAAUGCUGUAUAGGAUGCUAAAGUCAUUUCGUUUUGAACGACCUUUUCGGGGGGGUUCAUAUUCAUUAUAUGGUAUCUGGUUCUCAGAUUUAUCUCAGGAAUUGCUGAUUUUUUUUUUUUUGGUAACUUUAAAUCAAGCAGCAUAUGCAAAUGUGAUAUUGAGUGUUUGAAAGUGUUUUGUAUCUAUUGUACAUUUAAGCAUUCCUUACAAAAUUGAAUAACGGAGAAACUAAACAGCUGCUCACCUGAUUUUGCAAGAAGCCAAGCAAUCUGUUUGUCAGCAUGGAAAAAUCAACAUCUGAUCUAUUUCUGAAAUAGUACAAUGGAGAGCUCUUCUACAAAAUAGAUGAUGAAGCAAUGAUGAUUAGCUGCCUAAAUGUUCCCUCAAACAUUUUGUGAUGAAGCAUCAUUUGAUAUGGAAGCAUUUUUCUACAGAUUUUUUUUUUUUUUUUUUUGAAGCUCGGUUUUCUAGACUGUUAAAAUGAUUGAUCAGGGAUGUCUGUUGUAUAUAAAACUCUCCAAGCAAACUUUAGUAAAUUAAGUUAUUUUGACUUGGUUCAUUUUGGCAGCUCACACUUCGAUUUCUUAGAUCUGAUUUUAUUCCUUCAGGGCGUUACACACGUUAUCAUUUUACUGGGGUCAGAAAUCAAAGCAAAUUUUGACAUUUUUUUGGGGGGGGGCGUUUGCAGACCUUAAUAAUUUUUUAAAUGUUAAAAAGUUUGUAUACUUAUCCACAGUCCACUCUGGUCCUAAUAUUUUCACUUUUAAAAGUUCUCAAUUCACUCCCUCCAUCAAUUCGGUGUAAUUUUCGCUAGUCUUAUAACACUUUUACAUGUUUGCUUUAAUAACAUGUGGUGAAAAUUCAAGCCUUAAGGUAAAAACAGUUGGAAAAGCUUAAUUCUGCAUUUCUAUUUUUGUUUCUAACAUUGUUGUUGCUUUAAGCUACCACGUGUAGGAGCCACUCAUGUCUGCAUUGACACAAUAAUUAAGUUCAAAGGUGAGAUGGGGUAUAUGUUUUAAUGUUUUAAUUAAUUUACUCUGUUUACUUCAAAUUAUUGUGGACUGCAUGACUUUAAUAAAAUGUAAGACUUGAUUAAACUUCAUGUUUAAUAUUUUGUUUUACCAAAAGUUUUGGGAAUCUGAUUGUUAUAACAUGUUAGCAUAAGUUCACAUUGGGAAAAAUCUAUCAAAAAUCUCAUAUAGUCGUGUAGGUUAAUUUGUGCCCCAUAAAAGAUUACUCCUCAAAAAAUUGACUGUCAAGACUUUAAAUGUGUCCUCAUAAUGUUUAUUCUUCAGAAUUCUGUGCAUAUUCUGAGUUUUUAUUCUCAUGAUCUUUGAGUAUGGAUUUGGAUAAAUCAGGCAUCAUGCCUUUGUUAUAUGAUGCACCACAGUUUUGAUAUGAAUAUUGUGAUAAGGGCAAAUAUGAAUAUUGGUUAUUAGUUUGCAUGCAGUAGGGAGAGUUUUGACAUUCACAGAUCUACCUGUAAAAUCGAUAUACCUCUCGUCUCGGACAAGGUCUGUAGCAGAAAUGGUUUACAACCUUUUUAAAAGACGUUUUACAAUCGUUUCUUUUAUGUAGAUUUUGUAUGUAUUGUACAUAUUCUGUUUAUAGGUAUUUGUGGGAUUCUUUGAAAAUUAUUGUUUUGCUUUUGUUAAUCAAAUCUUGAAAAGUUGUGACCUCAAUGUUCAUAAUCUGUAUUUGUUACAUUCUUGAAUGUGUCCACAUUGAAUUUGUCUACUAGGAUAUUACAUAAAUU